CGGCCGCCGUGCCCCCGCCGCUGGGUGCCGCGGGGAUGUGCCCUCCGUUUGUCCGCCCCCGCCCCACGUGUUGGGGCUGUAGUAAAGUCCUUCCUAUCCCGCUGAUCCCCCGUGAAGGAUCUGUUUUCAUGCUGGUUUACAAACAUCUCCCUCUACCCUUGAAGAGCUGUCUCCUACCGCGUUAAUUAUUACGAACGGCUCCCGUUUUGCUGCAUAAAUGAAAGCAAGUUGAAUACAUUGGUGCAGAAACUUCAUGACUUCUUGGCUCACUCAUCGGAAGAAUCUGAGGACGCAAACUCUCCUCCAGCAUUAUCUAAAAACAAAACCAUAGCAGGAGAAUCACUGAGAGAGUAGGAGAGACUGACUUCCUGCUCUUGUUUCAAGUGACCAGUGCACUGGAGCAGCAGUCGCAGGGGAAAUCCUGCACUUUCAUACCCCUGAAGUGGAUGGGUGUUGUGGUUUAACCCAGCAGGCAGCUGAAACAACCACACAGCCGUUUACUUGCUCCCAUCCCCAGUGGGAUGGGGUAGACAACUGUAAAGAAAAAGGUAAAAGUAGAGAACCUAAAAGUAGUCCAUCUUCAAUGGAGAACAAUAGAGAAGAGGGCAGUAGUUCUUCAGAAAGAACCAAAUCCUUAGGAUCAUCACGUUCAAAAAGGAAACCUACAAUUGUAACAAAGUAUGUCGGAUCAGAUGAUGAACAAAUCUUAGAUGAAACUGUAAAUGAAGAUAUUUCAAAUGAAAACUCAGAAAACGAUGUUGAUAUGAAAAGCUUGCCUAAAGGUACAGUGGUUGUACAGCCUGAGCCAGUGCUGAAUGAAGACAAAGAUGAUUUUAAAGGGCCUGAAUUUAGAAGCAGAAAUACCGUUAAAAUGAAACCUGAAGCUCCCAAAAAGCGUGGAGAGGAAGGACUACAUGGAAUUGUAAGCUGUACAGCUUGUGGGCAACAGGUGAACCAUUUUCAAAAGGAUUCAAUCUAUAGACAUCCUACACUGAAAGUUCUUAUUUGUAAGACUUGCUACAAGUAUUACAUGAGCGAUGACAUUAGCCGUGAUUCAGAUGGAAUGGAUGAACAGUGUAGGUGGUGUGCUGAAGGUGGAAAUUUGAUUUGCUGUGACUUUUGCCAUAACGCCUUUUGUAAAAAGUGCAUUUUGCGCAACCUGGGUCGAAAGGAGCUAUCGACUAUACUGGAUGAAAAUAACCAGUGGCACUGCUAUGUUUGUCAUCCAGAGCCUUUGUUGGACUUGGUCACUGCAUGUGACAGUGUCUUUGAAAAUUUGGAACAGUUACUGCAACAAAACAAAAAAAAGAUCAGAGUUGAAAGCGAAAAAAGUAAAAUAUAUGACCAUACGGUCAAGUUUUCUCCAAAGAGAAAUAACUCAAAUUGUAAUGGUGAAGAAAAAAAACUAGAUGAUUCAUAUUCAGGUUCACUGACGUAUUCUUACAAAGCACUAAUGGUGCCAAAAGACUUGCUUAAGAAAACAAAAAAGCUGGUUGAAACUACAGCAAAUCUGAAUUCUAGCUUUGUAAGCUUUUUGAAAAACGCUGCAGAAAAUGUAGAAAUAAGCCCAACUGUCCAGCUUUGUCAGCUAAAAGCUUUCAAAUCGGUGUUGAGUGACAUGAAAAAAGCUCAUCUGGCACUAGAAGAAGGUCUGAACCUGGAGAUUCAAGCUUUGAAUGUUAAAAUCAAAGAUAAAAUUACCAAAGAGAAAAAACCUGAUAUUAGAUCAGAAAAAAAUGAGGUGAAAAAAGAUGAAGGAAAGGAACAUGUGGCAUUAAAAGAGGAUGACGCUGUAAAGACACAGAAAAAAGUUGUAUCAGAACGGCCUGAAGGUGAGCCCAUGGAUCAAAGUGUUCCAGCAAUGGAACAAACAGAUAACAAGCGUACAUCUGGUGAAGAUAAAAAGUCUGGCAGAAAUGAGGAACCUCAGUAUGAACCUAAUAGUACAGAGGCUUUAGACAUGGAUAUAGUGUCUGUUCCCUCAUCUGUCCCGGAAGAUAUUUUCGAGACUCUAGAAUCUGCUAUGGAGAUUCAGAUUACAUCAGAUGAGCAAGACAGUGGAAACACAGGAACAGAUCAUGAGACUCUAAAUUCAAAUACAAAAUCAAAUGCUCCUUUGAAAGAUACCAAAGGUGGUUCUAAGUUAAAAUCGUCGGCAAAAGGAACGAAAGAAUUGAUUGUAAAAUUGACUCCUGUUUCCCUUUCAGAGUCUACAAUUAAAGCUGAAGAUCAAGACAGCAGUCUAGAAAAGGGGAGUAAGGAUGUUGAUGUAACACCUAAAGCAGAAAACUGUGAUUCCGUAAAACAAAAUCAUAAUGCUGGCAGCGAACCUUCCACGGAGAACGAAACGGUCUCACUUGUAGAGGAAUCCGAUCUCAGGAGAUCGCCGCGCGUGAAGACCACACCUCUGAGGCGCCAAACAGACAUCAGUCCUUUGACGUCAAAUUCGGAAGAAGAUAGCAAUGACACGUGUAAUGAAAAACGUAAGAGAAAAUCAUCAAAACAACCAAGGAGGAAAAAUGAUAAAAGAAAUUCUUCUGACAGUACUGUUGAUGGUCCUAGCCCUAAUAAACUUUCUAAAUCAAAAAAGCCAUAUGUAUUAGAUCAUAGCUCGGAUUCUGAUGAGAUGCCAGCUGUCCUUAAAGAAGUAGCGAUGAUGAGUCACAGUUCUUCAGAUAUUGAUAGCAAUAGUGAAGCACCAACAAAUGAUCAGAAGACACUAAAUUUUCUAAAGAAUCAACCAGUAAAGGAUGAAAAUGGAAAACGAAAAAGGAAAAGUUCCAGUUCUGGUUCAGAUUUAGAUGCUAAAAGAGGCAAAUCGGCUAAAAAUUCCGCUGCUGCUAAAAAGAAACGACAAAACUAUUCAGAUUCUUCGAACUAUGAUUCUGAGUUAGAAAAAGAAAUAAAAAUUUUGAGUAAAAUUGAGUCUGCAAAAAAAGCUAAGAAAAAAUACUCACGAAAAGACGAUAGUUAUGAUUCCUCUGAAGAAGAGCAGAGGAAAAAAGUCAGCAGUAAGAGAAAGAUAAAUUUGAAGAAACAGAGAGAGAAAUCGUCUGAAGAUGACGAUGUUGAGAAGUCUUCCCCAGAGAAGGAGAUUAAUCAUUCUUCUAAAGAUAAGAAAAUGGGGAAGGGGUCAGCUGCUAAGGAAAAGAUAAACAGAGACUCGAAAGAAAAAACUGUAAAGGGAAAGCAGGAUGAGUCUUCUGAUGUUGAGAAGUCUUUACUGGAGAAAGAGGAGAGUUCUCCUAAGGGUGCAAAGUUAACUGAAGUGAAGAAGAGCAAGGAUUUGAAAAAGAAAAAGGCACAGGAAGAUUCUUCUUCAGAGAGUACUGAGAAAUCUGCAAAGAAAGAGCACAAUUUUGAUUCUUCAAAAGACAGAUUCAAGAAUAAAAAAGGAUCAGAAAGCAAAGCGAAGAAAUCUGAAAAAUUGAAAAAGAAAAGUUACAAGAAAGAGCAAGAUGAUUCCUCUUCUGAUAUUGAAAAGUCAUCUCCAGAGAAAGGAAGUUGCAAUUCUUCUGAAAAUGACAAAACUAAAAAUGAGCCAGUAUUUAAAGAAAAGAAGAGGAGGAAUUUGAGAGAGAGAGUAUCUAAAAAAGUGCACAUUGAUUUAUCUUCUGAUGCUGAGAAAUCUCCCCUAAAAGAGGAGAGUUCUUCUGAAGAUGCUGUGCAGAGUAAAAAACGAACUGAAACUAAAGAAAAGAAAAAAACAAGUCACAAAAAGAAAAUUCCCAAGAAAGAACAGAAUGACUCGUCCUCUUCUGAUGAGGAGUCUUAUGAAGACAGUAAGAAAAAGAUUAAAAGAGGGUCAAUGAAAGAAAGUAAGAAGAGUAACUUAAAAAAGAAAGUGUCAAAAAAGAAGGCGGUUGUCACUUCCUCUUCCUCAUCGGAUAAGGACGAAAAUGAUGAACAGAAUUCAACAGGUGAUGGAAGCAGUGAUGAGCAGAAAAUUAUGCCAGUGACUGAAAACUUGAUGCUGUCUGCUGAUACAGGAUUUUGUCAGUCAUCAGGAGAUGAGGGAGAGACUAAAUCAAGGGCUGUUCCAAUGGAGGAGGAGGAAGAUGAUGAUGAUGACGAUCCUGAGAAUAGAAUUGCCAAGAAAAUGCUUUUAGAAGAAAUCAAAGCCAAUCUCUCCUCUGAUGAGAAUGCAUCUUCAGAUGAUGAAUCGGAUGAAGGGAAAAAGAAAACUGGAAAGCAAAAUGAAAACACGGGAGAUGAUGGUGAGCACCAAAAAGCGCCUGGGAAAAAGUGGUGCUGCAGCGCCCGUCGUAAUUUCAAAGAAGUGAAUGAAAAGGAGGAUAAUUCUGAAUCGGAUUCAGAGGAAGAAGAGUCAAAGAAGCCAAGAUACAGACAUAGGCUGCUGCGGCACAAGCUGACAGUGAGUGAUGGAGAAUCUGGUGAAGAAAAAAAGGUGAAACGAAAAGACAAAAAAGAAGGGAAGCGCAGAAAUAGAAGGAAAGUGAGCAGCGAUGAUUCAAAUGACUCUGAGUUUCAUGAAUCUGCAGUUAGUGAAGAAGUCAGUGAGUCUGAAGACGACCAACGUCCAAGAACAAGAUCUACCAAGAAAGCUGAGGCGGAAGAAAACCAGCGGAGUUACAAACAGAAAAAGAAACGAAGGCGUAUAAAGGUUCAAGAGGAUUCUUCAAGUGAAAACAACAAUAAGAGUAAUUCUGAGGAUGAGGACAAUGACGAUUCAAAAUCUCCCGGAAAAGGCAGGAAGAAAAUAAGGAAAAUUAUUAAAGAUGAUAAGCUUAGAACAGAAACACAAAAUGCACUUAAAGAAGAAGAAGAAAGAAGAAAACGUAUAGCAGAAAGAGAACGGGAGAGAGAGAAAUUGAGAGAGGUGAUAGAGAUAGAAGAUGCUUCACCUCUGAAAUGUCCCAUUACAACUAAGCUGGUUUUAGAUGAAGAUGAAGAAACCAAAGAACCAUUAGUGCAGGUUCACAGGAAUAUAGUUACCAGACUGAAACCACACCAAGUAGAUGGUGUUCAGUUCAUGUGGGAUUGCUGUUGUGAAUCUGUAAAAAAAACAAAGACAUCUCCUGGUUCUGGAUGUAUUCUUGCUCACUGUAUGGGUCUGGGGAAAACAUUACAGGUAGUAAGUUUUCUUCACACAGUCUUGCUGUGUGACAAGCUGGAUUUUCGGACAGCUCUGGUAGUGUGUCCACUGAACACUGCCUUGAACUGGUUGAAUGAGUUUGAAAAAUGGCAAGAAGGUUUUGAAGAUGAUGAAAAACUAGAGGUCUGUGAACUAGCAACUGUGAAACGCCCUCAAGAGAGAAGCUAUAUGCUCCAGCGUUGGCAAGAUGAAGGAGGCGUGAUGAUAAUAGGCUAUGAGAUGUACCGUAACCUUGCACAAGGCAGGAAUGUGAAGAGUAGAAAACUUAAAGAAAUAUUUAAUAAAGCUUUAGUUGACCCAGGCCCUGACUUUGUUGUUUGUGAUGAAGGGCACAUACUAAAAAAUGAAGCAUCUGCUGUUUCUAAGGCAAUGAAUUCUAUUCGAUCCAGGAGGAGAAUAAUUCUUACAGGAACACCACUGCAAAAUAACCUUAUAGAAUAUCACUGCAUGGUUAACUUUAUUAAGGAGAAUUUGCUUGGUUCGAUUAAGGAAUUCCGAAAUCGAUUUAUAAAUCCAAUUCAGAAUGGUCAGUGUGCAGACUCUACUCUGGCAGAUGUCAGAAUAAUGAAGAAGCGUGCACAUAUUCUCUAUGAGAUGUUAGCUGGAUGUGUUCAGAGGAAAGAUUACACGGCAUUAACAAAGUUCCUCCCACCAAAAUACGAGUAUGUUCUAGAAGUUCGAAUGACACCUAUUCAGUGCAAACUCUACCAAUACUACUUGGAUCAUUUGACAGGUGUAGGUAGUGGCAAUGAAGGUGGAAGAGGCAAAGCUGGAGCUAAACUAUUCCAGGAUUUCCAGAUGUUGAGCAGAAUCUGGACUCACCCUUGGUGUUUGCAGCUGGACUAUAUUAGCAAAGAAAAUAAGGGCUAUUUUGAUGAAGACAGUCUGGAUGAGUUCAUAGCUUCAGAUUCCGAUGAAACUUCAAUGAGCUUAAGUUCUGAUGAUUAUGCAAAGAAAAAAAAAUCCAAGGGGAAAAAGGUGAAGAAAGAGUGUAGCUCAAGCGGAAGUGGCAGCGAUAAUGAUGUUGAAGUCAUUAAAGUUUGGAAUUCAAGAUCUCGUGGAGGUGGAGAAGGAAAUGCAGAAGAACUUGUAAACAACCCUCCAUCUGUUACAAAAUCAGAUGAAGGCAAAGCUACAUCCUCUUCCAAUCCUGGUAGCCCAGCACCAGAUUGGUACAAAGAUUUUGUCACCGAUGCAGAUGCUGAAGUGUUGGAACAUUCUGGGAAAAUGGUGCUUCUCUUUGAAAUUCUUCGAAUGGCAGAGGAGCUUGGAGACAAAGUUCUAGUGUUUAGCCAGUCCCUAAUAUCUCUGGAUUUGAUAGAAGAUUUUCUGGAGCUGGCAAACAGAGAGAAAACUGACAAAGAGAAGCCUCCUAUUUAUAAAGGUGAAGGCAAAUGGUUCAGAAACAUUGAUUACUAUCGCUUAGAUGGCUCAACUACAGCUCAGUCAAGAAAGAAAUGGGCUGAAGAAUUUAAUGAUGAAACUAAUGUGAGAGGCCGCUUGUUUAUUAUAUCCACUAAAGCAGGCUCCCUCGGAAUUAAUCUCGUGGCUGCUAACAGAGUAAUCAUUUUUGAUGCUUCUUGGAACCCAUCAUAUGACAUCCAGAGUAUUUUCAGGGUUUACCGCUUUGGGCAGAACAAACCUGUGUUUGUGUACAGGUUUUUGGCUCAGGGAACGAUGGAAGAUAAGAUCUAUGAUCGUCAGGUAACAAAGCAGUCAUUGUCUUUCCGGGUUGUCGACCAACAGCAAGUAGAACGUCAUUUUACUAUGAAUGAACUUACGGAGCUGUACACUUUUGAGCCAGAUUUGCUCGAUGAUCCUAAUUCAGAAAAGAAAAAGAAGAGAGAUACACCAAUGUUGCCCAAAGAUACAAUCCUGGCAGAAUUGCUUCAAAUCAAUAAAGAGUAUAUAGUUGGGUAUCACGAACAUGAUUCACUCCUGGACCAUAAGGAGGAAGAGGAACUCACUGAAGAAGAAAGGAAGGCAGCAUGGGCAGAAUAUGAAGCAGAAAAGAAGGGCUUGACUAUGCGUUUCAACAUGCCAGCUGGGACCAAUAUGCUUCCCACAAAUUUCAACUCUCAAACACCGUAUAUUCCUUUCAAUUUGGGUGCUCUGUCAGCAAUGAGUAAUCAACAGCUGGAGGACCUUAUUAAUCAGGGAAGAGAGAAAGUUGCGGAAGCAACCAACAGUGUAACUGCAGCAAGAAUUCAGCCCCUUGAAGACAUCAUUUCAACCAUAUGGAAAGAAAACGUAAACCUCACAGAGAGCCAAGUACAGGCCCUGGCGCUGAGCAGACAGGCGAGCCAGGAGCUUGAUGUCAAGCGCCGAGAAGCCAUCUAUAACGAUGUCCUUGCUAAACAACAGAUGUUGAUCAGUUGUGUUCAGAGGAUACUUAUGAACAGACGACUCCAGCAGCAGUACAAUCAGCAGCAACAGCAGCAGAUGUCUUACCAGCAAGCCGCAAUGAGUCAUCUCAUGAUGCCAAAGCCUCCAAAUUUAAUCAUGAAUCCUUCCAGCUACCAACAGAUAGAUAUGAGAGGAAUGUAUCAGUCAGUGUCCGGUGGUAUGCAGCCACCACCGUUACAACGAGCGCCACCCCCAAUGAGAGGCAAAAAUCCAGGGCCUUCCCAAGGGAAAUAAAUGUGAUUUUGCACUAAAAGCCUAAGGGAUUGUUAAAAUCAGAGAAAGAACUUUUUAUUUUUUUAGGAAUCAAUGGCUUAACAGAACUCAACUGUAAAAAAAAUAAAAAAAAUAAAAAAAAAUAAAAUUAAUUAAUAAAUAGUUUGGUUGGUCCCCUUAAAUGCCAUGUUCCAUAUUAGUGUUUCAGCUUUGUUUAAAUAGGACAUAAUGUUUUCCCUGUCGUCAGUGAUGUUGCCUAGAAUCUUCUUACAUAUGUUGAGUACAGGAGAUAACAAGUUGUUUUCAGUGAAAACAAGUCCUCCCGUAACAGUAGCAUCUCCACAGGUUUCCUGUCUAAACUUCUACGCUUGCUCUUAGUAGCUGCGGCGCUGUCAUCGAAUGUGAGAAGCUUAGGAAAGCCUGCAGGUGUGUGUCAGUAUACCACAUGUGAAUUGUAAACAGCUGAGUUCUUGAUUAGAGUUGAUUCCUCAAAUUACGGAAUACUUUUCCGCUUACCCAUUUCUUUAUAUUAGUGGGAAUAUUGUAACAGAAAUAGUCUGGUUUCCUUUUGACUGAGGUCUGGACUCGUACUCUAUCAUCUACGCUGAAUGAAACAUAGGAAAUGAAAAUACUCUCUGAUACAGAAUUGAGUGCAAUACUCUUAGAUACUACUGCUCUGAAACUUCUGAGUCAUGCAGUUAUAUAGAAACUGUGUACACAGCCUUAAAUAGUGACUUGGGGAAGGUGAUUGCUCUUCCCCAGUCUUUUGCCAUUUUUUAUGUUUGGUUUGAUGUGAUGGAAUAACAAACGGUGAUCUUGGAGUUGGAGAUGUUUUUCCUUCACACGCUAAUUUCCUCUAUGCGGAGUCCAAUACAAAGCACAUUUCUGUUAACUCCUUAAUGCUGGUGCUACUGUCUUUUCCCGUUCCCGACAAUGGGAGACGGGCCAAGAAACUGAAAUUCCUGGUAUUUGGGGGGUUAAAACAGUGAUGGUGACCGGGGUCAAACCCUGAUCCGUAAACAACUUUAAAGUGGCAGAACUAUUGCCGAUUUAAAAUCGAUACGAAGAAAGUGCUGUAGCAACUUCCAGAGCUGCCAGAACAGUGAAAUAAGUUUUCCUCUAUUAGAUGAAAGUUUUGGUUAUGCACUCCUCCCCGAUCCCUUCCGGUUGUGUGAAAACGUGACUUAGUACACAAAGAGGUUGAUUUUUAUUUUUUAUUAUUUUUCCGUAGACCACAGAGAAAUUUCUGGUUUGUUAUGUAUUGUUAGCACUCUCUUUACCCACACUUUUUGUGCUUGUGAAGAUCUAAUUAAAUACAAAUAGGGCUUUUCUUUGAAUAUAGUUUGGUUGAUUCUUCUGCCCCUCAAAAAAAUAAAUAAAGUUUAGAACGUGGGGGUAGAGGUGAGCGACAGGAACAUUUGAGGCAACGGUGCAUCGGCCGCCGAGAACUCCGGAGAAACGAGCGGACGGAGGCGUUUGCUCCAGCCGUUGCCGGACUCUUCCGACUUGCUGACGUGAACUAAAAUUGUUUUGGUUUCUGGAAAGUUUCUUGCAGGAGUUUGAGUUCUCACCCUGAACCGGACAAGUGAGUUUUGCAUCUGAAUAUGCGAAGCUUACGCGCUGUUUCGUUUUGUGAUUGAAACUUGGUUUGUGAUCCGAACGGAGUUUGUUUGAUCUGUUGGAAAACCAGCUGACAAGUCGCUGUCUUGGACUCUUUUAUGACAAGAUGCCACAAAAGAACCUCAGUAUGUUCCAGUGCUUUGCCAGCUCUACAAUUAAAUUUAAUUUGGGGGGAGGGGAGCAGAGAGAGACGUAUUCACACUAGAAGAAACAAAAUGUGACUUUGAGACAAACGUUUGAAGGCAAAUGUACUCUGGGCAACUCUCACCGGUAUUCCUACGUGUCACGAAUGAGAGAGAUUCUUUCUACCAAACCUGGGAAUGUUCAGUGGAGUUUUACAGUAACUCAAAGACUUAAAUGUGGAAGUUUUAGGCAACAUUUAAAGGCACAUUUUUUUUCAUUCUGGACAAAACUAUGGAUAACAGAAGACUAAUGCAUAAGAAGAAAUCCCAGAUAAGCAUUGAAAUAAAACUUGGACCACUUUGCAUACAUGUUUCUCACUCGACAUUUUAGCUGCAUAACAAUGUGCUUUGAGUAUAACAUCAAGCUUUAACAAAUAUUUAAGGACAACAUACAUCAAUAAGAUAAUAAAAGGCUCAUUUUUAUAUUUGUUUUAGAUGUUUUAACUAGAUGAAAUGGCUUAAGACGACGAAUAAAAAUGUUGCUUGUAAUACAGUUUUGCCUGCUAAAUUCUCCACAUUUUGUAACCUGUUUAUUCCUUUGGAUGUAAAGCGUUUUUGCUUAGUAUUGUGAUAUUGUAUAUGUUUUGUCCCAGUUGUAUAGUAAUGUUUCAGUCCAUCAACCAGCUUUGGCUGCUGAAAUCAUACAGCUGUGAAGACUUGCCUUUGUUUCUAUUAGAUGGCUUUUCAGUUCUGUAUUAAAUAUCUUAAGUACUAUAGAAAAGGUGUCACCUCUUCCUAUAAGGCUGUUUUGUAAUAUAUAUAAGGACUGGAAAUGUGUUUUUAAAGAGAAGAAGCAUUCAAGUAUGACGAUAUACUAUCUGUGUUUUCACCAUUCAAAGUGCUGUUUAGUAGUUGAAACUUAGCCUAUUUAAUAUCUCAUUUAAUAAAGUGACCAAAAUACA